UACAAUCUGCACAUAGUACAUUACAAGCAUGGCCGCGCCAGUGACAUCCGAUAACAUGCCAACUACCGCUUCGUACGUUUUUGCGACUGCUAUUAUCGCUGGUGUUCUUGGUUACUUUGCAGGUCAAGGCGCUUCACUCGGUUUGUUCUCUUCUUCACCUGCGACGAGGCAACAAUCGAUUUCAAAGGGCGCAACGAAAGAAGAAGAUGAGAUAGAAGAGGAUUCGGAAGAAGACGAUAGUGAAGAGGAAGAUGAGGCUGAAUUAGCGACAUUUGAGGGUAAUCAGGACGAGGUGAAACUCGUUCUUGUUGUGCGGACAGAUUUGGGCAUGGGCAAGGGUAAAAUCGCCGCUCAGUGCUCGCAUGCCACACUCGCUUGUUACAAAUAUUACUUCUCGAAAGCUCCCAACUCGCCCAUUCUCAAACGCUGGGAACGCGGUGGUCAGGCAAAAGUCGCUCUACAAGUCAAGUCAGAGGAGGAGAUGUUGCUAUUACAAGCUCAAGCCAUGAGCCUGGGACUCUGCGCACGCGUGAUACAGGACGCUGGACGAACGCAAAUAGCCAGUGGAAGCAGAACAGUUCUUGGUGUUUUGGGACCGAAGACGGUGGUUGAUCAGGUUACUGCGUGCAUUGUGGAGGUGCUUAUUGCGCUAGUCUUGUUUUGGCUCGGAACGGAUAAACUCCAGGGUUCGCCGCCUAAAGAGUUGAUUAAGUGUUUCAUCCUGUACAAGAUGGCGGACGCUCUAUCGAUCGAGCAAAAUAACAAAAUCCGGGUCGCCCUCGGUCUCAAACCGCUUCCCGUCCCCGGUGCAGAACCACCCUCAGGACCUGUUUUCAAAGAGUCCAAAGAUUCUGCUGAAGAAGAAGAGCCCGGUAGUACGCUAGAGUCUCGCGAGGCUCAAGGAUACCAAAACUGGCAGAAACUACAAGAUGAAGCCGAGGCAAGGCGGAAACGACAAGAAAAGAAUGCCGCUAUCAAAAGGGCACGCGAACUGGCGCAGCGUGAUGCGAAACUGGAAGGAAAGGGAUUAGGCGAUAUGGGCGUUGAACUAGAUACAAAGGCCUGGCUGUCGCAACAUAAGAAGUUAUCAAAGAAGAUUGAAAAAGAGAGAGCUCGUAAGCUUGCAGAGGAGCUUGCCGAACGAGAAAGGGUUGCCGAAUACACUGCUGCAGAUCUUGCUGGUAUCAAGGUUGCGCAUGAAAUGGGCGCCUUUGACGAUGCAGCUGAUGGACAAAUCUUGACGUUGAAAGACGCUACGAUCGACGAAAAUGAAGAGGAAGGUGAUGAGCUGGAAAAUUUGGAAUUGGUCGAUCAAGAAAAAUUAAAGGAAAAACUCGAACUGAAAAAGAAGCGAACGGCCUAUGACCCUGUGAAAGAAGAUGGUACUUCCUCCAUACUAGCCCAAUACGAUGAGGAAAUUGACGGCAAAAAGCGAAAGCAUUUUACACUUGACGCUAAAGGUUCCACGGCUGAAGAACGGGAGGCGAAGCGACAACAUGUUUCUGAUAUACUGAAUAAACAGGUUGUCAAUCUGGACAUUGUACCUGAAGCCCCGGUUUCGGAUUAUAUGGAUAUUAGCGAGGUGAAAAUCAGGAAACCUAAAAAGAAGAAAGCCAAGGCUACGCGACAAAAAGCUCUCGAUGAGGAUGAUAUAUUUCCUAUUCCAGACGCCACAGGAACAAGCAAUGGUGAUAGUAUGCAGGUGGAUUCAGGGGAAACAGUAACAAACAAUGCUAUUGAUGCACCCAAGAAGAAAUCAUACGACACCUCAUUUGUUGAUGACGAGGACUUGCAGGCUUCACUUGCGAUACAGAGACGUGCAGCAUUCAAGAAGCGCAAACAUCUUCGUCCAGAAGAACUCGCGCGACAAUUACGGGAAGAAAGCUCUCAAACACCAAUGGAAGUAGAUAAUGGCGACGGAGCAGAGGAGGAGCCGGGCUUGGUGAUUGAUGAAACAUCAGAGUUUGUAUCUAAUCUACAGCGUCCAGAGAUACCUGAACGUCCCGAACGACGAGCAGCCAGUCCUGAUGAAGAAAAGGAUGAGCACAAAGAAGAGUCUCCGGAAUCAGGCGUGGCAGAUGUUCAUAUGGAAGGCGCCGUGCAAGUCAAAGAGGAACAUGAAAAUCAAGAGGCAGAGAAUCCCAAGAUCAGUGUUACUGGAUUGGAUGAAGAGUCAACACUUGACGAGGGUCUGGGAAGUACUCUUGCUAUGCUACGUCAGCGUGGUCUAGUACAGCAGUCCGAUGCCGCUGAUUUGAAUGCAUUACAUCGCGAUCGCCAGAAGUUUCUUCAAGAGAAAUACAAGCGAGAAGCUGAGGCUGAGAAACGUGCGCGAGCACAGCGUGAACGAGACCGUGCUACCGGUAAACUGGAUCGAAUGUCUGCUCGAGAACGUGAAGAAUAUGCACGAUGGGAGAACAAACAACGAGACCAGCAAGAGUCACGACAGAUGGCCGAUAUUUUCAAUCGGGAAUACAAGCCUGACGUUCAGCUCAAAUAUGUGGACGAACAUGGUCGACUCUUGAAUCAAAAGGAAGCCUUCAAGCAUUUGAGUCACCAAUUCCAUGGCAAGGGCAGUGGCAAGAUGAAGACGGAGAAACAUCUUAAGAAGAUUGAAGAGGAGAAGAAGCGGGAAGCCAUGAGUGCAUUGGAAAGCAGUCAGCAUACUGGCAUGAAUAGCGCGAUGGGGGCUACGGCCAAGAAGAAUCGGCAAGCCGGUGUGCGUCUUGCAUGAUGUAUUAUUAUACUAGAUAUCUGUAGAUAGAAUGGGAAUAGAUCCCUGUCUGGGUUGUGAUAUUCCGGCUAAUUUCGAGGGCUGUCAUGUGAUGUACACAACAUGGUUCGCGGUUAUCGCCGA